GAGCGCGCGCCGACGGAAUCAACAAGUUCAUCAGCAGCCUGCUGCUCCUCCGAGACCCGGGCGCAGCGCUAGACGAGGUCGAGCUCGAGUUCACCUACGAGCCAUCUGGCGACGACCGUGCGUCGUACGUACCCCAACAUCUGGAUCCGGCACGCUCUGCUGCGCCAGGCUCGGGCGCUCUCUGUCACUCUGUGUGGCGAGUACAACCUCGUGUUCAACGUCCCUCCUCUCGUCUCCAGGCAUCUGCGGAAACUGGAGCUCAGCUAUCUGGACUUCAACGGCAACGUUCUUGAUUUCUCAAGCUGUCCGUCCCUGGAGGUUCUGGACAUGACGGAAUGCAUCGUAGGAACCAGCAAGAUUUCGUCCCAUUCACUCAAGCGGCUGCGCAUGCAAUAUUGCUCUUUCUGCCAUGAUGAUGUCCGGACUCGUAUCUCUGUCCCGAGUCUCGCUGACCUGCAGCUCGAGUCUUUCCAUGGCAGAGCUCCAAUGCUUGAAACCAACACAUCAUUGAAAACCGCAUUUGUCUCUCCUUGCUCUGUAGAUGAACGCUGUCGAGAAGGCGAUUCUAACGAAUGUUGUGCUACUUGUGCUAAAUGUUGUGGUAAUGACGAUGACCAUCCCAACGGCUGUGUGCUUCUUGGAGGUUUGUCCACCGCAACACAUUUGAAGUUGAUAACAGAAUCUCCUGGACAGUUUAUUUUCAGAAGGGAUUUGAAAUGGUGUCCCACAUUUGUUAAGUUGAAGAAACUAUUUCUGGAUGAUUGGUGUGUGGAAGCUGACCUCUGUGCACUAGUUUGCAUGCUUGAGCAUUCACCAAUCCUUGAGCAGCUAACACUUCAAUUGAGUAAAGGACCUGAACGUACUUUGGAAAGGGAGCAAAAAUAUGGUCUGAUGGAGAAAUCAACCUCUGUAUCACAGCACCUUAAGACGGUCAAUGUGAAAUGUCACGAGGUUGAUCUGAGAGUCUCCAAAAUUUUGAAGUUCUUGAGUACAUUUGACAUAGAUAUUACUAUCGAAAAGAAAGGAAAAAUUAUUCCGUUUGAAGAGGUGGUGACAGACUUUGGGCUGUCGGUGGACAUACCACCCCAUGACCAGUCAGGAGUGCAAGGUUGAAGCUUGCUGCUGUCUUUUGUCCACAGCAAACUUACAAAUGGCAAUGCAAAUCUAUUCAGGCUGGAAUAAUUACAUUACUUUGAAUGCAGUUUUCUUAAAGGUAGAACGGGUGAAAAGUGAUUCUCAUUUCUUACUAUGUCUGGGUUAUUGCAAGUCGUAGUUUCAUACACAGAUUGAUUGAAAGAACGUCAGGUUGCAUUAUUGGAGAAGUGAAAUAAACUAAAAGAGGUGUUGCAAUGA